AUGGCGCCCUGGCUGCAGCUGCUGUUGCUUUUGGGGCUGCUCCCGGGCGCCGCUCCGGUCCCCAGCGAGCCCCGAGCGGCCGGCGCGCAGGCCUGGGAGCUGGCGUCCUCGGAGCUGCUGGAGCCCGCCCGCUUCGCCCUAGAGAUGUACAACCGCGGCCGGGCUGCCAGGACGCGGGCCGCGCUGAGGGUCGUGCGCGGUCGCGUCCGCCGGGCGGGCCGGGGGUCGCUGUACUCCCUGAAGGCAACCCUGGUGGAGCCGCCCUGCAACGACCCCACGGUGUGCCAGCUCCGUGUAUCCAAGAAAACCCUGCUUUGCAGCUUUGAAGUCCUGGUUGAGCUGGGGAAACACAUGCUGCUGAGGCGGGACUGUGGCCCAGUGGAUACCAAGAUUACAGGUGCUGGGAUACCCAGGGAUGCUGGGAUAGCUCAGGUCAGACUUCGCUCAGGGGUCAGUCCUGAUUCUUCUCUGUUCCAACCCUCUUCAGAUGACAAAAAUGAUACUUUCAAUUCAUUCCUUCCACUGUUGAACAAGGAUCCCCUGCCCCAGGACUUUUCUGUGAAGAUGGUUUCGAUCUUCAAGGAUUUUGUCACCACCUAUAACCGGACAUAUGAAACGACGGAGGAAGCCAGGUGGCGCAUGUCCGUCUUUGCCAAUAACAUGGUACGAGCGCAGAGGAUCCAGGCCCUGGACCGUGGCACAGCUCGGUAUGGGGUCACCAAGUUCAGUGACCUUACAGAGGAGGAGUUCCGUACCAUCUACCUGAAUCCCCUCCUAAAAGAGGAGCCUGGCAAGAAAAUGCACCUAGCCCAGUCCAUCCCUGACCUUCCUCCACCUGAGUGGGACUGGAGGAGUAAGGGGGCUGUCACCAAAGUCAAGGACCAGGGCAUGUGUGGCUCCUGCUGGGCCUUCUCAGUCACAGGCAACGUGGAGGGCCAGUGGUUCCUAAAACGGGGGUCCCUGCUCUCCCUCUCUGAGCAGGAGCUCUUGGACUGUGACAAGGUGGACAAGGCCUGCCUGGGCGGCUUGCCCUCCAACGCCUACUCAGCCAUAAGGACUCUGGGAGGGCUGGAGACAGAGGACGACUACAGCUACCACGGCCACUUGCAGGCCUGCAGCUUCUCUGCAGAGAAGGCCAAGGUCUACAUCAACGACUCAGUGGAGCUGAGCCAGAAUGAGCAAAAGCUGGCGGCCUGGCUGGCCAAGAAGGGCCCCAUCUCCGUUGCCAUCAACGCCUUUGGCAUGCAGUUCUACCGCCAUGGGAUCUCCCACCCACUACGGCCCCUCUGCAGCCCCUGGCUCAUCGACCACGCUGUGCUGCUCGUGGGCUACGGCAACCGCUCUGCCACUCCCUUCUGGGCCAUCAAGAACAGCUGGGGCACUGACUGGGGCGAGGAGGGUUACUACUACUUGCACCGUGGCUCCGGGGCCUGUGGUGUGAACAUCAUGGCCAGCUCAGCAGUGGUGGACUGA